CACAAAAGGAAUGUCAGACUGAUGUCCACGUAGAGAAGAAAAACCAGUCGGUCAUGGACAAAAGGACAGAGAGCAGGAUGGAUCCCAAGGCAGCUUUCCUACUCCAACAAAAUAGCGCAUCUAUGACAAGGAGCAAAGGUAGGAGUGAUAGAUGAGGGGAAUUCUAAAGGACAGAAUACCAUCAGAGAGCUGUGUAUCAUUCUGUGUGAAGAUGAAUUUCAGGGAAUGAAGUUUUACAAAAUCAAUAGAGUUAUUCAAAAUGUUCCCUUAUACCGGAUAGUCUUGAUUUUUAUUUUUGGAGGGUGCCGGCUGUUGAACCCAAGGUCUUGUGCAUUCUAAGCAGGAGCCCUAUGACUGGACUACACGGCAGCCUGAGUACUCUUGAUUGAUUUCACACAACAGUGAGACUUGAACUCAGAGCAUUACACAAGCCAGGCAAAUACUGAGCAACAUUCCCAGCUGCUUUGUAAAAUUUCAAAUUUGAGAUAGGGUCUUGCUAAGCUGCCCAGGCUGAUCUUGGCCUUGGGACCCUCCUGCCUUCUUCUCAAGUAGCUGGAAUUGCAGAAGUGUGCCACCAUGCCCAGCUGGACUUCUGUUUUAAGAUGCAAAUGAGGAGGCAAGAUGCACUAAGUCCUGGAUACCUUAAGUGAAUAAUGUGUUCUCCAGAGAUUGGACGGUACAUCGGUACAUCAGGCCUGGCAGACUCAGGAAAACCGCCGGCCUUUGCAGGCCACGCAUCUCUGACCUCUUGCCCCGCGGCCACAGCGCCCCCUGCCGGUGGCCCGCCGCCAGCGCGGAUACCACCCUCCAACCUCCACCACCCGCCGCGUUUCUCUUGCGUGAUGAAGCUGAGCAGCCUCUCUCUCCUCGCUGUGACCAUCCUCCUUUGCCUCCGCGUGACUCAGGCUAACCUGAAGAAGGAAGUUCAACAGAAACCCGGAUAUUGCCCGGAGUUCUUUCUUUCCUGCGCCUUCGUUCUGCUGCCUCGGUGCCGGCGUGAUGGAAGUUGCAAGGGCUCCAAGAAGUGUUGCUUCUACCAGUGCCAGCGGCAGUGCGUGGAGCCGUGGACGACGCUGGACUGAGGUGGAACCCCUGUAUAACCACUCCUGAGACUACAGCCUCAGACUUGGAUGAGAGGCUCCAAUUCUUCUGUGCUUCUCCCAGGCCCUUCCUGUUGUCUAAAGCUAAAUGCUUAUUUGAUAUGAAAACAAAACAAAGAAAUAAAAGUCCGUGUAUUAGUCCAUUUUCUGUUACAUGCAUGAGGCCCUGGGCUCAAUCCCUAGCAAA